CAGUAUAGAGAUGGUUGUGAAAGUACUGUAUAGCGGGUGAAGGGGGGGCAGGACUUUAACCCGGAAGUGAAUCCUAGCGUGCUGUGGAGCCGAGAGGAGGGGGAGGGAAAGAAGAGGACGAGGAGGGACCCAAGACGUGAUGGCCGCCUCCACCGCCAGCUCAGUGUGAGCCCUCCUGUGACCCACCGGCCUUUCUUUGCCCUGCUAUGGACCUGCCCGCCUCAGGGAGCAUCCGCGGCUGAGGGGGGACUGAGUGACUCUCCAUCCCUCACAGACACACAGACAGAUUUCCAGCUAUCCCUCUUUCAGCCUUGGCACCCUCCACCUGCCUUGUGGGAGGAACGGGAGGGCUCCACUGUAAGCUUCCCUCAAGGCCCCCUUUGAGUGUAAAGGAAGCGAGAGGCUGCUUUUGUAGGGCUCGAGGGUGUUUCUGGCCAGGUGUGGAUGUGAGAGAGAGGGCGGCGGAAAGGAGUCUCAGUAAGGGGGGGCUCCCUUUUGAGCUUGGGUGGGUGAGUGGGCUUUAGCCUGUUAAGGAGCGAGGCUCCAGGACCCCAUGGGAGCCUAAAGAAGGGAGGGUCUUUAGGCUGAGGCUAGGUAGAUAAUCUGAAGAAUUGGGGGUAUAUAUAUAUAUGUGUGUGUAUGUAUAUAUAUAUAUAAGAACUGGAAACGUCUUUAAGUGUUAGGGUUGUUCUGUUUGAAGGGGGAGUUCCAGUUCUUUUCUGGGCUUUAGGAGGGGAUUCUUCCUGUCCAGUUGAGGUAGAUCUGUGUAGUAUAGGUUGGGAGAGCUAAUAUUUGUAGUGUGUUUGGGCUCCUGAAGUGACAAGAUUGUGUUGGGGCCAUGCGGAGUUUCCAAAUAUGGAUGAGGUGACAGUUUGAAUGCUGGAGAACAAGGAGGGUCUUGCAGCGUGUAAGGUGGGAGGUUGAACAUCAGUGCUGCAGGUUGUUGGAAGAAAGAAGCCCUUUGGGGGGCAGGCAUUUUUCAAGGAGUUACAGAGAAUGGUGUUAGAUGCUGGGAGUCAUCUUGGGUUUCCUAGUAGGUAAUGGACUUUUUGGAUGUGGAGGACUAGAUUCAGCCUGAUAGUUAAUGAAACAAGUUGUGGUUAGCCUGUAUCGUUUUAGGUAAGACAGUUCAUCCAGUAUCAGCUGUGACUUUCUCCCGUCUCUCCUUGGUGUGGUUUUCCAUCAAGCGUCUCUGAUGCCAGAACAAGGCCCCAGAAUGAACGGUUUCUCUCUGGGCGAGCUAUGUUGGCUCUUCUGCUGCCCACCUUGUCCCAGCCGCAUAGCUGCCAAGCUGGCUUUUCUGCCCCCAGAGCCCACGUACACUGUGAUGCAGCCAGAACAGCAGGAAGGUGGGGCUGCAGCAGGGACACCAACAGGUAGCUGCAGUCUGCACUUGACUGAGCGGGCGGACUGGCAGUAUUCCCAAAGGGAGCUGGAUGCUGUGGAAGUCUUUUUUUCACGUACGGCCCGGGAUAACCGGCUGGGAUGCAUGUUUGUACGCUGUGCUCCUUCCAGCCGGUAUACACUACUGUUCUCCCAUGGCAAUGCUGUUGACCUGGGCCAGAUGUGCAGCUUCUAUAUUGGCUUAGGCUCCCGCAUCAACUGCAAUGUCUUUUCCUAUGAUUACUCUGGUUAUGGAGUGAGCACUGGUAAACCGUCUGAGAAAAAUCUUUAUGCAGACAUCGAUGCAGCUUGGCAGGCCCUCAGAACAAGGUAUGGGGUCAGUCCCGAGAACAUCAUUCUGUAUGGACAGAGUAUUGGAACCGUUCCCACUGUGGACCUGGCAUCUCGGUAUGAGUGUGCCGCUGUAAUCCUUCAUUCACCCUUGAUGUCUGGGUUGCGGGUAGCUUUCCCAGACACUAGGAAAACAUACUGCUUUGAUGCUUUUCCAAGCAUUGACAAGAUUUCUAAAGUAACCUCUCCUGUCUUGGUGAUCCAUGGUACCGAAGAUGAAGUAAUAGAUUUCUCACACGGUUUGGCAAUGUAUGAGCGAUGCCCCCGGGCAGUGGAGCCCCUCUGGGUGGAAGGGGCUGGCCACAACGACAUAGAGCUUUAUGCACAGUACCUAGAACGACUAAAACAAUUCAUAUCUCACGAACUCCCUAACUCCUGAAGAAACCUACUUCACCUCAAUUGUUUUCUUUUCCUUUUUUUUACCUCAGUUAACUGUGAAUGGAAGAAUUGACCUGUUUUUGCACAUGCAUUAACUGGAUUAGCUGUAAUACCAUGAAGAAAUGCCCUCUCAUUAGGGUUUAUCCAAUCAAUUCUUGACUGUCUUUUUAUAUCAGGAAAUUAUUCCAACAGUCACUACUAUAAUCCCCAAUAUUUUUUACCCUCAUUUUGCUAGAAGUGUCAGAGUUGUGGAAGGGAUACUGGCUGAAUUUAAGGGAUUCUACUUAAUCUAAUGCAGUUAUGAUACUUCCAAACUUUUUCCCACCCCAUCCUUCAAGUUGCUUGUCUCUUAAUGUUUUUCUUUCUCUCUGAAAAUCUUCCUACAGUCUGGACUACAGCUUCUUACUGAUUGGUGGAACCAGUCUAAGAGCAUUCUUCAUGUGAAAUUUCUAGCUGUGCUAUUGUAACUGGAAAGGUUUUUUGUUGUGAUUUCUCAUUGUGCUUUAUUUUAUUUGGGGGGGGGCAAUCUUACCUUCCUAAGUAAAUUAAUUAAUGAAAAUUUCCUGGGGACACAAAUAAUUUCUAAAUGGGGCUAAUUCUGAAAUGACCUGUCAUCAGUUUUCUGCAUAUUUACAAAAUAUUCCUAAAGGAAUAAUGACUAAAUAGCUAAACUCUUUACUCCUUUUUACUUUAAAAAAAAGUGUAAAUUUACUAAACCCAGUUAUUCAGAUGAUGUUUACACUCUGAAUAAGAGCCAACUUCGGCAUUUCCUUGUGUAAAGCAUUCCUUAUAGAGGUUUUUAAAAGAAUUGUACAUAAGUGAAUUUACAUUUAUGCAUAACUCCUGACUGGUAGUUUUAAAUUUAAGUCAAGUUAACAAAUUCUGGUUUGUAUAUGAAUACAUUUUGUUAAAGUUUUUAUCCCUGCAUUAUUUUGCUAUUAAAAGUUUUAUAAGGUUUCCAGGACAACUAAUAAAUAUUUACACAUUUGUUUUUGAUGAAUUUAUGUAAGAAACUUUCAUUGAAACUGAUCCUUUUUGUUUAGGGGAAAUUUUUCAUUCUCUGACACUGGAAUCGCACAGAAUAUGCAAGACAAUUAAAAUUAUUACACUAAGAGGCCUAAGGUUUUUUCCCAAAUUGUAUGGCCUUAAAUGUACUGUAAGCCUCAGAUUGUUGUAAAAAUGGAUUGCGAUGGAUUAUGGUUUGUCUUUUGUUGCCAGAAUGCAACAACAGUGAUUGUAAUGGAAUAAAGGAUGCAUGGAAUAGAGAA